UUCUAUUCUUUGUGCGACGGGAAUCGCUGUAUUUGCUCGGGUCUGUGUACAGACGUUCCUGUGGAAAACGACACCUCGUUUCACAUGGUCUUUGCCCAAAAGACAACACUUUUUACAACCCAUGGCACCACUAUAACAGGAGAGAGAAAUGCACGGCCAGACCAGAUUUUGAACCUUAGACCUCUGAACUCAUAGACACUCAAACCAAAUGAGCUAUAACUGGUCACUGGCAAUUGACCCAGUCUAGUUCCACAACAGAUAUAAAGUCUGUUGCUCAUGACAUGAUCUUCAAUCUGUUGAAGUUGGUUAUAUAUUGGUACACAGUGGCCAUUGAUCAUGUAUGCCUGGUGCUUCCCCUUCAGCUCAUCCUGACACUCUGGAAUGAAUACAUAUUUCUUUGUCUAUUUUGCAUCCUGUCAUUAUCUUUGGUGGGGGUCUUAUUAAAACUCAACUCAAGACGCUUCAAUACCAAAUGGCUCAGUUGGAGUGAGAUACGUGACAAAAACAUUGAUCCCCAAUUAUCAUUCAUUAACAAUUUCCGAGCAUAUGUGCUUGUUUAUACUGCUAUUUCCAUUCUUGGUGUGGACUUUGUGAUUUUCCCCCGUCGGUUCUGUAAAGCAGAGACCUAUGGCACGGGUGUCAUGGAUACUGGGGUCGGACUUUUUGUCAUCUCCAAUGCCAUUGUGUCACCAGAGGCCCGUGGCAAGUACAGAAGCCCUGGGGUUCGUUGCCUAGUGAACUGCCUUAUAUCCUGUUUACCAUUGCUGUUUCUGGGGCUGCUGCGAUUUGCCCUGACAAAGGGAGCUAACUACCAUGAACAUGUGUCCGAGUAUGGUGUACACUGGAACUUCUUCAUCACGCUGGCUGCUUUGAAGAUAAUGUCAACACUGUUCUACAUCUACGUUCCUGAGUUUCUGUGGAGCCUUUGUGCUCUAGGUGUAAUGGCAGCCUAUCAGUACAGUCUGGAUUAUGGAGGAGUGAAGGAUUAUCUUUUACUGGGGGAGGACGGACAGGGUGGCCGCGAGGGACUGCUCAAUGCCAAUAGAGAGGGCAUAUUCUCCUGCCUUGGGUACUUUGCGCUCUACGUGUUUGGAACAGAAAUAGGAAAAAUUAUUUUCAGAUAUGAAAGAUGGACAAUGUCAGCGUGGCGGACUCUGUUAAUCGUCAUGACAGUCCUAUCCAUGUUUUUCUGGGGAUUGUAUAGUGUAUCGGCUUUGGCCUAUGGAGAACCAGUGUCACGCAGAUUUGCCAACCUCACCUAUGUUUUAUGGAUUUUGGCACUGUCCACACAGACCAUGUCUGCACUGUUGUUGGUGGAUCUCAUUGUGGAGUACCUCAGAAUAUCAGCAGGUGUGACAAUCCAGACCUUGCCAACUAGAGGUCUCCUGAAUGCUAUCAACUAUAACGGUCUAUUUUAUUUCCUGCUGUCCAAUGUCCUUACUGGAUUGGUCAACAUCUCCAUGGCAACCAUCCACAUGCCUCCGUUGCCAAGCUUCCUAGUCCUCACACUGUACAUGUCUUGUCUGUCAGCCAUAUCUGUGUAUUUGUUUGUCAGGAGAGUGAGAUUAAAGUUUUGGUAAAGUU